UAAAAUAAAAAAAGAGGGUCUAUAUCAUAAAAUUCAAGAUCACAUUCGAGUUAAGAAAAAGAAUAAUAAUAAUAAUAAUAAUACUCUCUUUAUCAAAAAUUAAUAUUCGAAAAUGUCGAGGGAAGAAGUAGUGGUGCUUGAUUGCUGGUGCAGCUCAUGUGCAAUGAGAGUGAAAAUUGCACUAGCAGAGAAGGGAGUGGAGUUUGAAUGCAAAGAUCAGAACUUAGCUGAAAAGGGGUCGUCGUUACUACUUGAGAUGAACCCGAUUCAUAAAUUGGUUCCGGUUUUGAUCCAUAAUGGCAAACCCAUUUGUGAGUCACUUUUAAUUGUUGAGUAUAUUGAUCAAGUUUGGACUCACUCAUCUCCUCUGCUUCCAACUGAUCCUUACCUCCGAUCUCAAGCUAGAUUUUGGGGCCAAUUUGUUGACAAUAAGAUAUACGAGGGUGCAAAAAAAGUAUGGAGGACAAAAGGAGAAGAGGAAGAGAAAGCCAAAAAGGAGUUUAUUGAGAACUUGAAGAUAUUAGAAGGGGUGAUUAAUAAUCAACAGUUUUUUGGAGGUGAUACUCUUGGUUACAUUGAUAUAGCAUUAAUUCCAAUUGCACCUUGGUUUUAUGCUUUCGAAAAGUUCGGGAAUUUCAGCAUUGAGGCUAGUUGUCCCAAAAUUGUUACAUGGGCUAAAAGAUGUAUGGAGAAAUCGAGUGUAUCGGGUUCCUUACCCGAUUUUGAUAAAUUUUAUUAUUCCUUUGCCUUCGACAUCAAAAAAGUUCUCGGGCUCGACUAAACCUACUUUAAAUCUUCAAUAACCACUCCAAAGAUUUGGUCAUGGAACAUGUUACAUGUAGGAGAGCUUACAAAUUGCCGCACACCUUACAGAAAUAAUUUUAUUUCCUUCUGUUUGUGUUGUUGAAAAUGUAGUAGGUACUUUAUUAAUUUUUCGGAAUAAGUGAAAUCUAUAUUUCUAUUAAAA